GAUAGCGGCGGCAUCUGCCGCCGGUGAUUAGCGGCGGUAAUUUGCCGCCGGUAAAAAUAGUGCGGGUCGGGCUUUAGCGGCGGUAAUGGGCCGCCGCUAAUUUUAAAGCCCAAAAUCGUGCCCUAACCCUCUCUCCUCCAGAACAGAUCCCUCCCCCCUCUCGCGCCUCCAGCCCCCCUGCCCCCCCCCCCCACCCUGCCCUGCCGCUGCCCUGCCCUCCUGCCGCCGCCUGUCGCCGUCGCCGGUCGCCGCCGUCGCCUCCGUCAAGGCCAAUCCUGCCGUCUCACCGCUCCUGCCACCGCACGGUUCCGCCGUCAACUCCUACGAAUUUGCAAGAAUGAGUGAUAAUCGAUCGUGGAUGUACGCGAGAUACAAUGAUCGUGCUGCAUUUGAAACGGGACUUGAGAGUUUCCUCGAGUUUGCGAUAAAUCAAACAGCGUAUACAGAUGGAAUUGGUAACAUUAGGUGCCCGUGUAGGAAGUGUAAGAAUAAAGUCUUUGCAUCUGUACCUACAGUCAGAGAACAUGUUACUAGGCGUGGAUUUGUCCACAAUUACACGAACUGGUGUUAUCAAGGGGAAGCACCAGUGUAUAUGCCAGCAGAACAUACUAUAAUGGAUGAGGAUGAUGGGUCAUACAGUAAUUACCAAAGGAUGGUGCAUGAUCAUGCUGGACCUAGUAAUUAUCAAGAUCCUCCAAAUCUUGAGGAGCCGCCUAAUCCUGACGCUCAACAAAUUUAUGACAUGUUGAACGCAGCCGAUAGUCCUCUAUACCCAGACUGUGAUACUUACUCACAGUUAUCCUGGAUGACACAGAUGAUGAGCAUAAAGGUUGAAAAUCACAUGUCAGAGAGAUGUUUUAAUCAGAUAUCUGAGAUGGUUCAAAAGGCUUUACCGAAGGAUAACAACUGCCCUGACAGCUUUUACAGUACGAAGAGAAAUCUGCGCGGGUUGGGUUUGCCAGUAGAGAAGAUUGAUUGUUGCGUUAAUAACUGCAUGUUGUAUUGGGGGGACGACAGUGAGCUAGAGAGUUGUAAUUUUUGUGGUGCAUCACGAUAUAAGGAGAACUUGCGUGCAUCUGGAAGCCGCCGAAAGAAACGUGUGGCCGCCAAACAGAUGCACUAUUUUCCUUUGACGCCCCGACUGCAAAGGUUGUUUGCAUCUGCGGCAACAGCCGAAAAUAUGCGAUGGCAUGCGACUUCAAUAGAAGAUGGGAUCAUGCGCCACCCAGCAGACUCUCCGGCAUGGAAACACUUGAAUUCAGUAUAUCCUGGAUUCACCGAGGAGAUAAGAAAUGUGAGAUUAGGCCUUUCUACAGAUGGUUUUGCCCCAUUUGCACAAUCAGGGCGUCAAUAUUCUUCUUGGCCGGUCAUUGUCACACCGUAUAACUUGCCUCCGUGGUUGUGCAUGAAAGAACAAUUCAUGUUCCUCACUGUCCUCGUGCCUGGGCCAUCUAACCCAAAGAUGAAGUUGGAUGUUUUCUUACAGCCACUGAUACAUGAGUUGAAAUAUUUGUAA